AUGAUGCUGAGUUGGUCAUUUGGGCUGGCUUGGUGCUUCGCCGAACACCCAGGUGCAUCUUGGAGCGUUGCGGCGAGAGUGUGGCACCCCGGGCGGGUGGAGUCUUCGUGCAGAGCCUGUUGGCGGGUUCACCGGCAGAGACACAAUCCUUGCACCCGCAUUGUUUCCUGA